GUCACAGCCGCGCUUUAUCACUCACCUCCAUUCUCUUCUUCUGAAAUGAACGCGGCUUCUUAACGAUGUUUCAGCUCCAAAGAAGCUUGCUCUUCACUUCCUCAGCCCCUUCCUACUCUCUCACCUCUCCCUCUUCAUCUUCUCUCUCCCUUCGCCACUUCAUGUUGCAAUUCAAGGCUCUUCAUAAUUCCCCGGUUUCUCGCUUACCUUAUUCUCCGAUAGGCAUUGCAAAUAGCAACAGCAAUCUCCAAUGUCAGAACUGUUUCCUCCGUUUACAUUUUCCAGCGGCGGCGAAUUGCGUUGCGCCGCGCCUUCGUUGCUUCGGUAGCAUUGGUAACGGUUCUAGGUGUUCUGUUUCUAGCCGUGAAUUCAGGUUCCCGUUGAGUUUGAUUAAUGAUGGGGUUUUCAGUAAGAGGUUUUCGUCUAAAGUUUCGGAUAGUAAUUAUAAUCGUAAUAAGAAGAGGUUGAGUUCUAGUGCUGCUGCUGUUGCUGCUGCGUCGAAAGAAGGUUUAGUUGAAGAGAAGAAGGAUAAGAAAGAGGGAAAGGCGGCGAAGGCGAAGGCGGAGCCCGUUGAGAGUGAUAAGCAGGAAUCUGAAAAAGUGAGUGCUAAGAAGAAGAAGCAAUCAACAAGCAAGAAAAGUAGCAAGAAGUCUGCUGCUAGCAGUUCUCCGAAAGAGGUUGAUGCUGUGGAAGGUUCUAAAAAAUCUUCCAAAGGGAAGAAGAAAUUGAGUACUAGUAAAACGAAGAAGAAGAAGGUUGAGAUUAGUAGUAGUAGUAGUAGUAUUGAAGAAAUGCAAAAUGAUUCUGCUUCUAACAAGCAAAGCAAGAGCUGUAGUGCGAUUGAACAGGUGGAAAUGCCGGGGAAAUUUACGGAUAAGCCGGUGUAUCCUGCAAGUGGAAAGUGUGUGGUGGUUGUGGAGUCUGUCACGAAAGCGAAGGUUAUUCAGAGAUACCUUGGUGAUAUGUAUGAAGUAUUGCCGAGCUAUGGUCAUGUAAGAGACUUGGCUGCUAGGUCUGGAUCUGUGCGACCCGAUGAAGAUUUCAGUAUGGUGUGGGAGGUUCCGUCACCUGCCUGGACUCAUCUGAAGACCAUCAGUGUUGCACUGAGCAGAGCAGAAAACCUUAUUCUUGCAUCAGAUCCUGAUCGCGAGGGAGAGGCUAUCGCUUGGCACAUCAUAGAGAUGUUGCAACAACAAGGUGCUCUACACGAUAAUCUUUCUUUAGCGAGGGUUGUCUUUCAUGAAAUAACUGAACAAUCUAUAAAAGCAGCAAUGCAAGCACCAAGAAAGGUGGAUGUGAAUUUAGUGCAUGCAUAUCUUGCACGGCGAGCCCUUGAUUAUUUGAUUGGGUUUAACAUCUCUCCAUUACUAUGGAGGAAGUUACCAGGAUGCCAAUCAGCAGGAAGAGUUCAAUCUGCAGCGCUUUCCAUUAUAUGUGAUAGAGAGAUGGAAAUUGAUGAAUUUAAACCGAGGGAGUAUUGGAGUGUGGCGGCCCAAUUAAAGAAGAAAGAGUCAGGAUCAAACAAGGAUCUUAUCUUUCCUGCCCAUUUGACCCAUUUUGAUUCGGCAAGGUUGAAUCAAUUUUCAAUUGCUUUUGAUAAAGAGGCAAAAGAUAUUGAAAACAAAAUAAUCAAGGCAGAUUUUAAGAUUACUAACUUGAAAAGGAGCAAAUUUCGAAGAAAUCCUCCGACACCGUAUAUAACAUCCACACUUCAGCAAGAUGCUGCAAACAAAUUGAAUUUCGCAGCAAGUUACACCAUGAAGCUUGCUCAAAAACUGUAUGAGGGAGUUGAGUUGUCUGAUGGUAAUGCAGUUGGUUUGAUAACAUACAUCAGAACUGAUGGACUUCAUAUUUCUGAUGAAGCUGUUGCCAAUAUACGGUCGCUAAUUGUUGAGAGGUAUGGACAAGAUUUUGUCCCACAAAGUGCACCAAAGUUUUUAAAAAAGGUGAAAAAUGCACAAGAGGCUCAUGAAGCCAUUAGACCCACUGACAUUCACAAGUUGCCAUCAAUGCUUGUUGGGGUACUAGAUGAAGAUUCCUUGAAGCUAUACACACUUAUCUGGUCACGGACAGUUUCAUGUCAGAUGACACAAGCUAUCUUUGAGCAGAUACAACUUGAUAUUGGAAAUGCAGAUGAGUCUAUUAUGUUACGAUCUUCCAGCUCACGAGUUGACUUUCCUGGAUACCGGGCAGUUUUUACGGACAUUGAUACUGAAGCUGUUCAAGAUAAAGAGAGUGAUGGAGCCAAUCGUGAUCAAGUUUUUGAGGUUCUAAAUACCUUGAAGCCAGGGGACCCACUACAUCUUGUUCAAACAGAGCUCAAUCAGCAUCAUACACAGCCACCACCACGUUACACCGAAGCAUCAUUGGUUAGGAAGCUUGAAGAGCUUGGUAUUGGCAGACCUUCGACAUAUGCAACAACAUUGAAAGUUUUACAGGAUAGAAACUACGUGACAGUAAAAAGCCGUGUGCUGUAUCCUGAAUUUCGUGGCCGCAUGGUUUCAGCAUUUUUAUCCCAUCACUUUUCAGAAGUCACAGAGUACAGUUUCACUGCUGAUAUGGAAACAGAGCUUGAUAAUGUUUCUGCUGGAUUAACUGAAUGGAAAGGCCUCCUUAGAGAUUAUUGGACACGGUUUAAAUUGUACUGUGAGCGUACUUCUAGUGUUCAUAUUCACCAGGUUGAGAAGAUGUUGGAAAAGAAAUUUGGGGACUAUUUAUUUUCCGCCCUCCCAGAUCAGACCCGUGUUUGUCCAAGUUGUAUGGAAGGCACAUUAAUUUUUAAAGUAAGCAGAUUUGGUUCUGGCUACUUUAUAGGUUGUGAUCAACAUCCAAGAUGCAAGUACAUUGCUAAAACACUAUAUGGUGCAGAGGAGGAGGAGGAAGAUUCACCUCAUUUAAACACUCGUAUAGAAGAACCAAAAGUCCUGGGUGUUAAUAGUGUUUCAAAUGAAAAGGUUCUCUUGAAAAGUGGUCCUUACGGAUUUUAUGUUCAGCUUGGGGAAGACAGGAAGGGGUACAUACCUAAAAGAGCAUCCGUCUCUCAUAUCAAAGAUGUGAAAUCCAUCACCCUUGAAGAUGCACUUGAGUUGCUACAGUACCCAUUGACAUUGGGCAACCAUCCCAAGGACGGACAGCCUGUAAUACUAAAGCUCGCAAGGGUUGGGUUUGCCGUUAGACAUCGACACACAAUUGCUUCUGUUCCUAAGAAUAUGAAGCCAAGUGAAGUCACCUUUGAAAAAGCUCUUGAGCUCUUAUCAGGCAAAGAUGUUAGAAAAUGUGGUAGACCUAAAGGUAAACCUAAAAGAGUUGAUGAAAUUGAAGCACUUGAAGCUUUCUAAAGUUUUGACCAUAAUAAUAUACAUAGCAAGGAGCACAGAGUACUUGUGAUUAAUUACAUCAAUAUCUGCCAGUAAGUACUAGCAGGGUUCAAACAUUUUUCCUAUCAAGGGUUUGCAAUUCUAACACAAGCUUUGGAAGAUUCUUUUAGGGAUCGCCAAGUGUAGAUUAGUCAUUGGACUAGUGAAUUUUGUUUUUGUAUAAUGUUUAGGCCAAUCUUAUUUAUUAUUUUUGAAAUAUAGAAAUAUAAUUGUUUAAUGUACCAAACAUAUUUUUGUUAAACCCUUAAGGCUGAGAUUUUGGUAAGCAUAAGGGUUUAUAACUUUAUAAAAAUAUUCUCUUGGUUGGCUUUUGUAUAAGGCUGAUGACUGAUGAGAGGACUCAUACA